UAUAUUAUAAAAAUGCAAAAUGACAACACGGACAUAAACUUGGUGAAGUUGGGAUAUUUGCGUCGUUGUUUACAGAUAAUUAUCAUUAACUGACUUUACAUCCGUAAUAAUAUGUAGCAUCUUGUUUGACAAAUAUCUGUCAUAAUUCACCACUGACGAUGAAGGAGUGAACAGUUGUCGCCAAUGCUGUUAAUUUCACAUAGGAAGCUCGAAAACAUUGUGGUGCAUAUUGGAUAUAGAUGAAAUGAUGUCGACCUGAAAUAUUUAGAACAGAAUGAAGCUUUGUAAAUCAACCUAUUCGAAGCUGUAACUAAAUUCCUGCACAAUGAAUUCUUUGUCUCUAAGCGUACUCUUCCUGAUUAUUCAUGUUUCAUAUGGUGAAGCGAAAGAAUGUCACGUUUUAAGAAAAGGGAGAUGGUCAUGUGAAGGCAGCACUUUUGUUCCAACAUUUCCGCAGGACACUACAUCUAUAACAUUCACAGAUCUAACCGUUAACAAUUGGGACAAUCAAACCUUUCAAAAUUUGACAGAGCUGCCCUUACUAGAACAUUUGUUAAUUAAGACUACCUUCCUUAAGACAUCUACUAAUGAUGUAUUUACUUAUUUGAAGUAUAUACAAGAAUUCGCAAUUGUUAAUCUUCAGUUGCCCCUUCCAGAAUUACGAAAUGUGCUGUUUGGUUUACCACUGACUACAAAAAAAUUAGUUUUCGCUGAAAUGAAAUUUGAAACUUUGAAUAAAGAUAUAUUUGAUGGUCUCAGAGGAACAAACAUUUCAUCUAUUUACAUAAGGGUAUCUACUAUGUUACGUUUUGAUGGUAGCUAUUUCAAUGGUAUAGAUAAAUUAGAUCAACUUACUCUUCAAGGAGACAGUAUUACCUCAGUUACCAGCUGGGGAUAUCUUCCUAAUUUGACUUAUCUAGAUUUCUAUUAUAACGAAAUUUCAACUCUACCAAAAUUUAUAAACGAGUCCGGAUUUAUAUUUUACCCAAAACUUGAAAAGCUGUUCUUAUGUUUAUCAAGAUUUUCUUAUCUAAACAGCAAUUUUUUCAAAGGAUUAGACCGCCUACAUACUCUGGGUAUUUAUGUUGGUGAUAUCUUUUUAGUCAAAUCGGAUGUUUUCCAAGAAUUGAAAUGUCUACGAGCAGUAAGUUUACUAUCUCAUAAGCACCAUAUCUUAAGAUUUGAGCAAAACGUCUUCAAACUCAAAUUAUUGGAAUCAGUGGAGCUAAAUAACAUUCAUGUUGAUAUUAACGAAGGCAAACCGUCUGCGAUAUUUAAGUCGUGUCCACAACUAACAAAUUUGAUUCUGAAAAAUGUCAGUAACAUAUACCCCAACGAUUUACUGAAGCCAUUGACUAAACUAGAAAAUCUGAUGAUUACUGAUGGGCAAGUGAGUAAAGUUCCAGAUACGAUUUGUAAUAUGAAUAAUCUAACAGAACUUUCUAUUUUUUAUACAACUGUUAGCAAAUGGAACAACGCAAACUGCUCAGUUAUGAGAGUAUUGCGUAAACUUGUGCUAAAGGAUAAUAAAAUUAUCUACGUUAAUCCCAAAUUAUUUUCCCAUUUACUAUUCAGCAACGAGAAACUGCAUAUUGAUCUCUCACGCAACCCAUUUGUUUGCGACUGCAAAGCACUCUGGUUUCGAGACUGGUCACGGAAAAAUGCAGGUAGAUUGAAGAAUUACAGAAAUUAUCGGUGCUUCAGUCCCAACUCACUUGGGCACAUUCAUUUGCGAAAUUUUUCUCUAAGCUGGGAUUACUGUGAAAACAUAAACAAACCAUCAUCUAUCGCCAUUGCUGGAGUGAGUGUAGGUGUACUGGCAGUCAUGUUUGUAUUUUUGGCAAUAUUAUCAUAUACAAAACGAUGGUCGAUUCGUUUCUGUAUUUACCAAUCAUUAGUAAGAAAGAGAAAAUACAAAGCGCUCGUUAAUAAUGGCAGAUAUAAGUACGAUGCGUUCAUAUGUUAUUGCAGCACUGACGUCAGCUGGGUUCUGAAUAAACUUUUACCUAUCAUAGAAGAAGAAAACCAUUUCAAUUUAUGUUUACAUGACAGGGACUUUUUGGUUGGAAACGAUAUUGUUGAUAAUAUCGUAGACAGCAUGCAACAAAGCCGUAAGGUUGUUCUAGUUUUGUCAAAUGAUUUUGCUCAGAGUAGCUGGUGCCAGUUUGAAGCAAGUAUUGCCCAGCAAAAGAUUUUAGAAGAGCACUACGAUAUUAUUAUUCCUGUUUUGUUAAAUGAGAUUCCGUCGAAUUUACAAACGAAAAGACUUGGAGUUUUACUAAAACAGAAAACGUACCUGGAAUGGCCGAAUGACGAACAAUAUGAAGGAAUGUUUUGGGAACGUUUUAUAGGACGGCUGAACGCAAAUGAUAUCGACAAUGAGAUUUAGAGCUAAAUGGUAGAGCAUUAGUUUAAAAGGAGACAAACAAAUACACGAGACAAGUAAAGUUGCUGCUAAUGUAUUGAUAAAUAAGAAACCGUGAUACAAAUAUCCAAAAGAGUCUUUAUAUUUGAAUACUUUAUAUAUAAUUACUCUCCAAUAGUUUUUUGACAAAUUUCAUACUCUGAUAAUAUGUAUAUUUUCAGUAUAUUAAUUUGUCUAUUCAAUUUUAAAUCCAUUGUAUAAUAUAAUUUGUAAAAAAUAAACGUUACAUUUUAAAUAUCUCUAUACCAGCUCGUUCUUUCACACACAUAAUGCAUACAUACAUAUGCACAUAAUUCAUACAUACAUACUUAUAUACAUACAUACAUACAUACAUGCAUACAUACAUACGUACGUACAUAGAUGCAUACAUACAUACAUACCUGUAAUUUAUACCUUACCUGUAAUUAUUGGGGUACUCUCUAACACACUGCUUAAAUAGCAAUAUUGAAAAUUUAGUCUUCUCAAAAUCAGACAGUAGAUAGCUAAUUCGAAGACUACAGAUCCAAUUCAUCACUAGAAGUGUACAAAUCUGCAAAACAUCUCAGAACUUUAUCAUUUAAGUAUAUAUGAGCAUGUCGAGACAUUCAAGUAUGUGCAUGACAAGACAUAUAUAAAACAAAACAUACAAACCUGUACGUAUACAUACAUACAUACAUACAUACAUACAAAAACACCAUUGUUGAUAUUGAAAUUCCAAUGAAGGGGCCUUGGAUUUAGGUUAGAAACCGGUUCUUUCUUUAUUAGCAAGAAAUCUCGAAAUAAAACUGAAUAAUGGCAUACAUAUAUAAUGCAUGCAUAUAUGCAUAAAUACAUGAACGCAUAUAUACACACAUAUGUACAUACAUACAUAGAUGCAGACAUACAUAAAUACAUACAUACUCUAAAGGAUUUGUAGGUACGUGGUAUUUCGUUAUGCAAACAUAACAUACUAUAAAGUAUAUUAAAUUUUUUUUAUAAGUCAAUACCACGUCCUACUGCGUUAGGAGAGCUUUUUACAUUAUUUUGUUGAGAAUAUUUCUAUAGAUAUUCUAUAAAAAAAUCAUAGCCAUCACUUAUAGUAACUAUAAUAUUUCGUAUCGAGACUUCCAAUGCAAACAAAAAAUGAGAUCGACAAAAAUGGGUAAUGAGUGUAUAUGUUAUAUUUCGGGGGUUGAUGUCUCUUCAUCAGUGGCUGUCUAACUCAUUGCCGCCUCUGAACACAUUGCUUAUAUAGCCAACUCGUACAGAGGUGUUGAGUUAUUGGACAUACCAAUAUACAUAGUAAACGCAUUCCUAAGCUGCUAUGUAAGCAUUAGCGAUAUGAGGUAUGUUGUACUUCGUUAUGGAAACACGUUCCUACAAAUCAUUAAUGUUUACAAACCAGCACUGGGAAUGCAUUUCAUAUGUAUACAGACGCACAACGCCGCUCGUAAGAUAACAAAGAAUCAGAAAUAAACACAGCCGCCACAAUAGAUGAUACCCGGUAGAUUAUGCAGACCCACGACAAUUGUUUUCUCAACUUUUAUACCCACCAAUAUACUCACAAAAUUAUGAACACCGACACUCCAACAAUACAACAUCUCUUUUCUAUCUGCGAAACACAUUCUUGCUUCUUUCAUCCUACUUCCGGUCGAUCAAAGGCCUCUAUGCAAACAAGGUUCACGUGGGCAUUUUCACAUCGAUUGUUAAUAUUUUUACUAGACUUUCUUUUUCUUUCUUUCUUAUUUUCUUGUCGAUACCCAUGUUCUGAAUACGUACCAUGUCUGAAAUGCCAUGAUUAAUCUUUUUUCUUGUUUUGUUUUGUAAGCUUUAAACAAAUAAAAUGAGUACAAUUACUUUGUGAUAUU